GCCUACUAGUAGAGAGAGAGAUAGAGUGUGAGAGAUGACUUCCCUUCAUAUUGUCCUUCCAACAGUCUUGUAUAUACUGGUUAUUAUUGCAGCAGGUUUACAAUUGUCCGAGUGUAGGAAUUUCAACAUAGUAAAUGACUGCAAAGAGACCAUAUGGCCCGGAAUAACACCAAAUGACAAUUUCAGUGGCUUUGAACUCAAACCAGGCCAAUCUGCCAUCUUCACACCCUCGGACACUUGGGGUGGCAGGAUAUGGGCCCGGACCGGUUGCAAUUUCGACAAAGACAGCAACGGCACGUGCCAAACUGGCAGCUGCGGUAGCUCCCUAAAAUGUGGAGGUCCCGGCGAGCCACCCGCCUCCAUUGCCGAGUUUACCCUCGGAGAACUCGAUUAUUACGAUGUUAGCCUUGUCGACGGCUUCAACUUGCCACUAGUUGUCACACCCCUUAAUGGCAAAGGAAAUUGCAGUGCCGCGGGUUGUGACAGCGACUUGAGGGUCAACUGUCCCUCGGAGCUCGCUUUUAAACCCAACGGGAAGAUCAUCGCCUGCCGGAGUGCGUGUAACGUGUUCAACACCGACGAGUACUGUUGCAGGGGAAUGUACUCUAAUCCCAUUACAUGUUUGCCUACAAAUUAUUCGAAAAGCUUCAAAGCAGCAUGCCCUGCAGCGUAUAGCUACGCUCACGACGAUCCUACGAGCAUUCUGACUUGCUCUGCCACUGACUACGUUGUCACAUUCUGUUCUUCAAGGAAUAAAACGGCCUGCACAUAUCAUGAUAACCAGCUUGUUUGUAAUGGAUCAGAGGGCUUAAUGGACUUUCCUCAAAGAUUGUGGAUCCUUGUACUAGCAUUUUUCAUGAUGAUAAGUUUACCAAUUACAUUUUGAUGUA